AUGUGGGCGGCCGCCCAGGGCGCAGUCUACGUGGGGGGCGCACGGGGUGUUUGCCCAGGGCGCAAAUGUGGCCAGGACCGGCGCUGGUUGAGUUACUCAAUGGGUCGUUUCAGGAAAGGGAAAAGACAGAAGACCCAAGACCUCUGGCAGUUAGCUGGAGGUCUGGGAACCCAUGACAGUGGUGGGGAAGAUGACCAGGACCAGACCACAACAGAAGGUCUGGGAACACAUGACAGUGGUGGGGAAGAUGACCAGGACCAGACCAUAACAGAAGGUCUGGGAACCCAUGACAGUAGCAGGGAAAAUGACGAGCAAGGCAACAUACAGUCUUCGCCACAGACCAGAGACCAGGGCCAGACCAGAACAGAGGGUGAAGAGAAUUACACCAAAGAUAACAAGACCCAGGGCAUCAUGGAGAAGUGUCAGUGGGAUCUGAAAAGGAUCCGUUUUCACCACAAGAGGCUUACCAGAUUUGAUGAUUUUUUUCACACCUACAAGAAGGUGCAUCAAGCUCUUUUGAGAGAACACAAGGACUCUCUAAAAAUCAAGAAGAAGACACACAGGGUCGAUGUUGAACGGUGGAAACAGAGGAAGCAGGGAAGGAGAGGUGUAUACGUUUCAACAAUGACCAAGCCCUUUAAAUUUGAGAAACCAAGAAACACGGUUCAGACGAAGAAGAUGUCCAACAAGAGCAAAGUAGAGGAGAAGGACACAGACACCGAUGCCACUCUUUUUAAACAGGACACACAGCCUCAGCUGGAUACAGAACCAACCAUCCAAACAAACAUUGCCACUUUGCUGGAGGAGGCGGGACGACCACCAUCCACCAAAAUGCAAGAAGAUGAACAGCUGCUACAAUCACUGUGGAAAAGAGAAAGAACUGAAGUGGUAGUUGCAGUAAUACCAUCUGCCAACCGGUCAGGUUCCAGUUUCCUAAUACAUCACAGUGAACUGUGUUCACUGCGACCUCACCAGUGGCUGACAGGCGAGGUUAUGGAGGGUCUGUUCCAUCUUUUUGCCAAACAGCUCAACCUUGGAAGGGCCAUUUUCCUCCUCGACCAUUACACAGCUGGUGUAAUACUCUUUGGAACAUCAGACAGAGUCAGACAGCACAGCCUGCGAAAGUACACUGGAAGUUACUGGUCAGUGGUUGUUACUUCAUCUGCCAAAAGUGCUGUAUUCUUACUGGACCCAAUGGCAAAUAAAUCCAAGAAAGCUGAGUCUGCAGAUGCUGCAAAACGAAUACAGGAUUAUAUGCUGUUCAGAAAGAUCGCCUUUGGCAAGAAUGACUGGGGGAGACUCAGGUGGAGGGGAUUAACCAUGGACCAUCCUGUACAACGUGACACAUGUAGUUGUGGGGUCAUCGUUACUAUGAUGGCAAAGGCAGUGAUGGAGGCAUAUCCUGCGUUACCUGCCAUGUCCUUUGGCACAUCUAAGAAGGAGAUGGCAUCGGAAAGGACAAAGUUUGCCCUGGAAUUGCUGAGUGACUCAGUGUUAGACCUGGACAGCUACUGCGUGAUGUGCUGUGCCUCCAAGCCCCCUGGAUCAGGACCUCCAAUGACUCGAUGGAUACAGUGUGACACCUGCGAAAGGUGGUUUCAUGAAGAGUGCCUUGAUCUGGAGGAAGAGUCGCUGCUAAAAGCGCCCUUUGCGCCCUUUGCAACUAAAAAAAUGAUAUAUGUACCUACUUGUUUGAGUUGUUGAUUGCUUGUUAUUAUUAUUGUUAUUA